AUGUCGUCUACCGCAAAUUUGUUGCCAGACAAAGUGGGGGACGACAUCGCCAACGGCAACAUCCAAGGCGUCUCAGAAUUCUACACAUCAGCAGACCCGUCGAAACAGUCGGAUUUGCUCAGGGGAAUAGCAGGGCGCGCAGCAAAAGCAAAACAGGUCGACAUGCUCAACUGGGUCUUUAGCCAAGGGUUCCAGCUAGCGCCAGACUCGUUAAACAACGACUUUUACCACCAAGUGUGCUGGGCGCGCUCCCUUGCCGUGUGGCAGGCGCUUGUCCGAAACGGAGUCGAGAUUGGCGGGCACCAUAGCGAAUUUAUAGGCGACGCACUGAGCUUUGCAGCAUACCAUGGCGACGUCGAGAUUGCACGCUUGCUCCUGGAGAAUGGCGUGGACCCCAACCAGGCAUGGGGAUACGACGAUGUAGAGCCGGGUACUUGGGCCGUCGUUGGCGAGCAUCCGUCGCUGGAGAUGCUACGUCUGAUGCUUCAGCACAGAUGGCACCCGGACGAGAGCGGCGCGCAUAUUGCCGCGGCCGAACGGGGCAAUAUGGAGGCGCUGCAGUUGCUGGUUGACCAUGGUGCUGAUCUGGAGCUGGUAGAGGGAUGGUGGUUCAAUUCGGUGGUGAUUGAGAGGGACGAGCGGGGGACCGCCUUGUAUCGCGCGGCGUACAAGGGCCAACAUGAGCCGGUGGCAUACUUGAUGAGUAAAGGUGCCGAUGUGUGGUUCAAGGAUACAAAGGAUCGGUCGGUCUUGUGGGCGGCGAAGCAAGGGGGGAACGACAAGGUGGUGACGUUGUUGAAAGAAUCGGGGCUGGAGGAAUAA